CACUACAAAAGGAGGCCUGUCUGGAAGGCACACAAUUCACAAGUCCGCGUCUAUUAGUACGCUUGCUUCCCGAUUAAUUAUCCCUUCCGAUCUCCAUUCCGCUCCGCUCACACUAUUCGCCACUAUCAGAAUGUGGCCGUAGAUCUCGUCUUCUCCUCCCAUUCUUUUCCCCUUUCCCUUUUACUGUGCUUCUUCCCUAAUUACCCAUUCUCCAAGCAUCUUCUUUUUUUUUUUUCUCUAGGCGGGAAGCAAAGGGAAGGGGGAGGGGCCUCAGAAUGGGAAAGACCAGCCUCUUGGCUUCUUUCCUCUUCUUUUCUCUUCUUAUUUCCUCUGUCCGAGGUGACGACCCCUAUCGCUUCUUCACCUGGAACAUCACCUACGGCGACAUCUGGCCUCUCGGUGUCAAACAACAGGGGAUUUUGAUCAAUGGCCAGUUCCCGGGGCCCCAGAUCGAGGCGGUCACCAAUGACAACAUCAUCAUCAACGUCUUCAACAGUUUGCCGGAGCCUUUCCUGCUCUCCUGGAACGGGAUACAGCAGAGGAGGAAUUCAUGGCAAGAUGGGGUCUAUGGCACCAACUGUCCCAUCCCACCUCGAAGGAACUUUACCUAUGUGCUGCAAGUGAAGGACCAGAUUGGAAGCUACUUCUACUUCCCCUCUCUCGCAUUCCACAAGGCUGCUGGUGGAUUUGGUGGCUUCAGGAUUCUGAGUCGUCCAUUGAUUCCUGUGCCCUUCCCUCCUCCUGCUGGAGAUCAUACUUUGUUGAUUGGCGACUGGUACAAGGCCAACCACACUGUUCUGAAAUACAUAUUAGACAGUGGUAGGAAUCUUCCUUUUCCUGAUGGUGUUCUAAUCAAUGGCCGUGGAUGGAAUGGGAACUAUUUUACAGUUGAUCGAGGUAAAACAUACCGGUUUCGGAUAUCCAAUGUGGGGUUGACAACAUCUCUAAACAUAAGAUUUCAAGGGCACACGAUGAAGCUGGUUGAGGUUGAAGGGUCUCACACCCUCCAAAAUACCUAUUCUUCAUUGGAUGUCCAUCUGGGCCAGUCCUACUCAGUCCUAGUCACAGCUGAUCAGCCGCCGCGGGACUAUUACAUUGUGGUUUCCACCCGAUUUACCAGCACUGUGCUCACCACCACUGCCAUCCUCCAUUACAGUAAUUCUUUUGGAAAACCUGUGGACCCACUUCCUUGGGGGCCUACCAUCCAGAUUGAUUGGUCCCUCAACCAGGCUAGAUCUGUCCGAUGGAAUCUCUCAGCUAGUGGGCCAAGGCCUAACCCACAAGGUUCCUAUCACUAUGGGCUUGUCAACACUACCCGAACCAUUAGGCUUGCAAACUCUGCACCUAUCAUCAAUGGCAAGCAGAGAUAUGCUGUCAACAGUGUCUCCUUUAUUCCAGCUGAUACUCCCCUGAAACUUGCUGACUUCUACAAGAUUUCUGGUGUAUUUUCACUUGGAAGCAUUCCUUAUAACCCAACAUUUGGAGGUGGUUAUCUCCAGACCUCCGUUAUGGCAGCUAAUUUUCGAGAAUAUGUUGAGAUUGUCUUUGAGAACUAUGAAGAUACUGUUCAAUCAUGGCAUAUUGAUGGAUAUUCCUUCUGGGUUGUCGGAAUGGAUGGAGGGCAAUGGACAGCAGCUAGCAGGAAGUCUUACAAUUUGAGAGACACUGUUAAUCGUUGCACUGUUCAGGUGUAUCCAAAAGGAUGGACUGCUAUCUAUAUGCCUUUGGAUAAUGUAGGUAUGUGGAAUGUAAGGUCUGAAAACUGGGCUCGACAAUACUUGGGGCAGCAAUUCUAUCUCCGUGUGUACUCUCCAGCAAAUUCAUGGAGGGAUGAAUACCCAAUUCCUAGGAAUGCACUUCUUUGUGGCCGGGCUGCAGGUCGUCGAACAAGACCACUCUGAUCAAGUGCAUGUCCAGAUCUUGUCACGAGGGGGUGACAGAUUGUUUACAUGAGAUCAGAUGGCUACUUUGGGAGAUAUUGCUAGGAACUCAGCUUGGAGCUCCGCUUGGGCCUGCUUUUUUUAUUCAAAGCAAUUCUCAUAUCUAUUUGUUGCUUCCUUAGCUGCUGCAAUGGUAACCAUUGUUUGUAGGAAAAUCAGGUUCUGUAUGUGUAUCACUCCAUAUGUUGUUUCCUUGCAAUGUAGCUGUUAG